CAAAGGAUGGAACCAAAAGGGAACCCGCCGGGACUCCAGCCUCCAGCUUGAAGCUCAAGGAAAGUGAACAAGCGAUUUAGAGGAAGGCUGGGCACGGAGGGUGAAGGCGCAUGCCCAGGCACAGCAGGUGCUGGGGGGGCGCGCCGACACCGCGGCCUCCCCUUUAAGAGGCGCCACCGCCCACGGUCCGCCGCUGCGGCAGGGACCUCCCCUUUAACGGCGGCAACUCCGCGCUCCGCUGACCCCACGGCGGCUGCCGCUGCUAACAGCAGCUCCUGCUGCCUCAGCCGCCGGCCUCGGGCAGCUGCAUCCUCACCCGGGCUGGGUCCCGCCCCGCCAUGGUGUCCUGGAUCAUCUCUCGCCUGGUGGUGCUCAUCUUUGGCACCCUGUACCCAGCCUAUUCUUCCUACAAGGCCGUGAAGACGAAAAACGUGAAGGAAUAUGUAAAAUGGAUGAUGUACUGGAUAGUCUUCGCCUUCUUCACCACAGCGGAGACACUUACGGAUAUAAUACUGUCCUGGUUCCCCUUCUACUUUGAGCUCAAGAUUGCUUUUGUGAUAUGGCUGCUGUCCCCGUACACCAAGGGCUCCAGCGUUCUCUACCGCAAGUUCGUGCAUCCAACACUGUCCAACAAGGAAAAGGAAAUCGACGAAUACAUCACGCAAGCCCGAGACAAGAGCUAUGAGACCAUGAUGAGGGUGGGCAAGAGGGGCCUGAACCUGGCUGCCAAUGCUGCCGUCACAGCUGCUGCCAAGGGCCAGGGGGUGCUGUCAGAAAAGCUCCGGAGUUUCAGCAUGCAGGACCUGACUCUCAUUCGAGACGAGGAUGCCUUACCGCUUCAGGGGCCGGAUGGCCGCCUCCAACCCGGCCCUGUGGGUCUCCUGGACACUAUUGAGGACUUAGGAGAUGAGCCCGCCCUGAGUCUAAGGUCAAGCUCGAGCCAGGCAGAUCCCCGGACAGAGACCUCAGAAGAUGACCUGGGAGACAAGGCACCCAAGAGGACCAAACCCAUCAAGAAAGUACCCAAAGCUGAGGUGAGAAUACAGGCCGUGGCCUGGGGAGGCAGGGACGAUAACAGUGGGAACAAACUGAGCCCCGUUGUCCUCUCUACAUAGCCACCGGCUUCCAAAACGCUCAAGACCAGGCCCAAGAAGAAGAGUCCUGGAGGGGGUGACUCAGCUUGAGAACUUCAGCUUACCCUACCCCUCCAUCUGUAGGACAAAACAAGCACUGAGAAGAGCUGCAGCCCUGGCCCCUCUGACAGUGGGCCACUAGCCCCAAGUGUUUCAGACCCGCAAACCCCUAGAUGGCUGUUUCCAGUACCCCCAUCCCAUGAACACUCCUCUGGAGGGGACUUGGCAAAGAGGAGAUUGAGGACAGACGUGAUGACUAAGCCCUUGAGGUGGAGGCUCUGUGGCCAGCACUGCUCUUGCUGCUCUAGUCCCGCCCUGCCCAUCCAGUGCCUUGCUGACCAUGGCCAUCCCUUCUCUGAGGCCUGACCUGUCCCCCGCCUCUCUCCUUUGAAUGGGAGUAGUGGUCACCAUUUAGAAAGACCAGGGAGGGGGCCUUGAGAAGGGGAAGAAACGGAGCGGGUCUGGGAGGAGUGGGUCUGGGAGGAGGGUGUUUUCGAGGGCACAGCUCUGAGUGGAGACACGAGUUUUCAAUAUCCAGCAUGGCCUUGCCAGUACUGCAGCUGGUAGGGCUGUGCAUUCUACAAAAGAGGUGAGAUUCCGAGGCUGUGCGUGCUGGGAAGGUUGGGUGUAAGGGGUCGCCUCCUCCCUACUUCAGCCCUGGUCUUUCUUCCUCUUUACCCACCCAUGUUGGUCUCUGAACCUCAGGACUCAAGCCUUUGACAGAAAGAGGCUCCAAGGGGCCUCUCCCUACCCUUCCACCCUUGAUCCCUUUCACACAUUCAUGCCCACAGGUUGGACUCCUCUACUCCUAGGCUCCACUGCAGAGGCCCUGCCAAGCUGGCUUCUUUCCUCUCCUGUAAAGGGGACCCAUCCCACCUUGCCACGGGGUCCCCUUCCUGUGCCAAGCAAACCCCUGUCAGAACCAACCCCUGGCCCCGGUUCUGCCAGCCUCAAUGGGGCCAAGUGGAACCUGUGAAGGGAAAGAAAUGCAGGAGCUGAGGCUCCCAAUUUCAUGGUGCCCACUGGACCUUGGCACUGGAUGAGCCAAUAAACGAAGCUCUGACACCUCC